AUUGCUCAUCAACAUGUCUGGAAAGAAGGUCAUUAUCAUCGGUGCCGGAGUCGGCGGAACCGCAACAGCUGCUCGAUUGGCUCAAUCGGGCUUCGACGUAACCGUCAUCGAGAAAAACGAUUUCUCCGGUGGUCGGUGUUCCCUCAUCUACGACGAAGACGGCCACCGCUUCGAUCGUGGUCCCUCGCUCUACCUCAUGCCUAAAUGCUUCGAAGAGACGUUCGAGGAUUUAGGUGAGAAAGUUGAGGAUUGGUUGGAGUUGAGACGGUGUGAUCCAAAUUAUCGGGUACAUUUUCAUGAUGGCGAGUGUAUUGAGUUGAGUAGUGAUUUGGCGAGGAUGAAGACGGAGGUGGAGAGGUUCGAGGGGGUGGAUGGGUAUGCGCGGUUUCUCGAUUUCGUGAAGGAGUCUCAUUAUCACUACGAGCUUUCUAUCUCGCACGUCCUUCACACCAACUUUACAUCCCUCAGCAAACUACUCAAACCCUCCUACCUCCUCCUCGCAUUUCGUCUGCACAUUCUCAACAAGCUCUACGGCCGUGCUGCGAAAUACUUCUGGUCCGAGCGUUUACGUCGGGCGUUUACCUUCCAGACGAUGUAUAUGGGAAUGUCCCCAUUCGAUGCGCCAGCGACGUACAACCUCCUUCAGUAUACCGAGUUGGCCGAGGGCAUCUUCUACCCCGUUGGAGGGUUCAAUAAAGUCGUGCAAAGUCUCGAGGAACUGGCAAAGAGAAGCGGAGCAAAAUUCCGUUACUCUGCCCCGGUCGCCAAAAUCGACAUCGACUCCAAGACCAAGAAGGCUAACGGCGUCAUCCUCGACUCCGGCGAAUGCAUCUCUGCAGACAUCGUCAUCUGCAACGCAGACCUAAUCUACACCUACAACAAGCUCCUCCCUUCAACACCCUACGCAACAAAACUCUCCGACAAAAACCUUACUUCAAGUUCCAUCUCGUUUUAUUGGAGUAUGAAGCAGGUUGUGCCGGAGUUGGAUGCGCAUAACAUCUUCUUGGCGGAGAAGUACAAGGAUUCGUUUGAUGAUAUCUUUAAGAGGAAGACGUUGCCCGAGGAGGCGUCGUUUUAUGUCAAUGUCCCAUCGAGGAUGGAUAAGACGGCUGCUCCCGAGGGGCGAGACACUAUCGUGGUCUUGGUGCCCACGGGUUACAUCGACACGAACAAUCCUCAGAAUUAUGAGACACUCGUCACCAAGGCACGUGCACAAGUCCUCGAAGUCCUCGAAACCCGCCUCGGCAUCCCGAACUUCAAAGACCUCAUCCUCCGCGAACGUACCUCCACCCCCCUCGACUGGCAAAACGACUUCAACCUCCACCGCGGCUCAAUCCUCGGCCUAUCCCACGAUAUCUUCCAAGUUCUCUAUUUCCGUCCAUCGACCAAGCAUGCGGAGUAUAAGAACUUGUAUUUCGUGGGAGCGAGUACGCAGCCUGGGACGGGCGUUCCGAUAGUGCUUUGUGGAGCGAGGAUGGUUAGUGAGCAGGUUUGUGGGGAUUAUGAGGUUAGGGCUAGGUGGCUAGAGGGGAAGAAGAAGGAGGUUAGAAGUGGGUUGGACAGGAUCAAUAAGCCGGGUAUUAGUUUGACGAGCAUUGCGGUGUUUGUUGCGUUGAUUGCGAUGUUACUGGUUUGGUUGGGGGUUUUGCAGGUGUAGAUCAUGGCCGUGGGAUGUUUGGAUGUGUCGAUGGACUGAAGAGUGUGAACCCACAUAGGACCUCGAGAGGGUGCGCUUGAAAGAUAGUGUACGUAUACGACUAAACCUAGAAUACGAUGAUACCAUUUUUCUUGCAUAUAUUUUACUGCAUCGUCGCUGAACUCCAGAGUGCGUGUUAGGAUCAUUUGCUCUGUCCCUUCGAGUGCGCCCCAUCAUCUCAUAUGUGGAUGUCAUAGAUCAAUCCCAUGUAUUUUUGGUAUAGAAAGUCAUCAAUAUGCUAGAUAAUCCCGUGUUUUGUUCGUCCUUGUUCAGCUUCUGUCUAAAGCAAC